CAGCGGCACCGCACCCCCACCCACCUCGGCGGCGAGUCCGAGCCCCAGGAACGAAGGGCGAUGGCGGCGAUGAUGAUGGCCACGUCCGAGUCAAAGUCCCCCGCCCGCGCGCUGAGGCGGCUGGCUGGCGCCGCGGUCGCCGCCGUGCUGCUCCGCCGCACCUUCAGCGCCUCCAAGUGCAAGACGGAGGCGCGGAUGGCGACGGCGCGGAUGAAGCUGCUGCGGAACCGGAGGGAGGCGCAGGUGCGCCAGAUGCGCCGCGACAUUGCCGCGCUCCUCCGCGACAAACAGGAGGAUACCGCACGCAUCAGGGUUGAACAUGUAAUUAGGGAACAGAACUUUAUGGCAGCCAACGAGAUCAUUGAGCUCUUCUGCGAGCUGAUUGUUACACGCCUUCCUAUCAUCGCAAAACAGAAGGAAUGUCCAGCAGACUUGAAAGAAGGUAUCUGCAGUUUGAUAUUUGCAGCUCCAAGGUGCUCUGAGCUCCCUGAACUUGGUCGCAUACGUGACAUUUUUGAAAAGAAGUAUGGCAAAGAUUUUGUUUCUGCUGCAGUUGACUUGCGCCCAGAUGCUGCUGUUAACAACCUUCUGAUUGAGAAGCUGUCGAUUAAGAAGCCUUCCGGGCAAAUUAAGCUGAAAGUUCUAAAGGAUAUAGCAAAAGAGCAUCAGAUUGAUUGGGAUACCGCUGAGAGUGAGCAGGAGCUUCUGAAACCUCCUGAAGAGUUGAUUAAAGGGCCAAGUACAUUUCUUGAAGCUUCCAACAUGCCUGUUAAGAAUAUUCUGACACCAUAUACCGUGCAGCCAGAUCCAGUUAACUUCAGCUAUAGGUGUUCGGAUGACGAAUAUGAUGACAGGGGCACUAUGCAAUUCAAAGAUGCAGCUUCAGCUGCUCGAGCAGCUGCAGAGUCUGCUGAGAGAGCAACAUCUGCUGCAAAGGCUGCAGCUGAUUUUGUCAAUAAUAACAAUAACAACCAUCCAUUUGAUGAAGAUGAAGAUUGCAAAGCUUCAACUCAUGAAUUCACUCAUACACUCAAGAGACAGUCAAUGAGCAACUCGAGUAGAUCCUCCUUGAAAGAAGAUGCAAAUGCCUUUGAUGAACAAAAACCUCAUGAAGGGAAAACAUACAGUGCAAGAAGGUUCAGUGGAAAGAACCAUGUAGAAUAUGACAAAGACGGCUACCCUGCAGAUUUGGACUUGAAGACACGGAGAAGGAACUGCCGUGCUGCUCGGAAGGUGCACUCAGAGAUAAAGUUUGAUGAUUCUGAGGGACUGUGUUCAGAAUCCGAAGGUGAAAAUGAUGUGGAGAUUCAGUCUGUGGAAAGGCCAUUGCCUCCUAAGAGUGAGCUGUUUUCAGAAAACCGUCACUCAGAAGACGAAGAGCAUGAUCAAGAUUUCCCUGAAUUGCCGAAGACAAACCUUCAUUCUCGUGUUCAUCCAAAUAUGCCUCUUGACUAUGAAACUCUCACUGCACGCUUUGAGGCUCUCAAAUCUGGCAAGCUUCCGUAGUGCAACAAAAAGAACAGCAUCACUGGAUGUUACAAUUCCUUCUUGCUGUUUUUGUAUAAUAUGACAUGUUAUAGUAGGGUAUAGUGUCUAAUGAUUUUGAUUUUGGCUGAGCCUACGGAUUUGUCGUUUCAAACUAUUGCUGCAUUUGAACUGUUCGGGUAUAUAAAGGUUGGUUGAAAUGAU